GGGCUUUGAUAAGUGACACCAAUGGUGACACUAUCAACACUACAGUCAUGCGAUACUGGCCAUGCAGUGGCCCUAAGCUCAACGUUACCUUACAUGCACUUGUGUAAUUGUGCUGACCCCUCCAGCUGUAGCCUCAGCACUUUUCAUUUGUUGCUCUCAGAUACAGCACAUUUCCUUGACUUGCAGCUUGUUAGCAGCUCUUAUGUGUGAGCGGUGGAGUUGUGUCAUGCUAUGUGCGCAUGGUGAGCGAGCAGGUAAACAAACGGACGUCCCUGGUGCUGUCGCUUGGGGGCACCUUCAAAGCUUCUGCUGAUGCUGAUAUUAGCUGUACCCAUCAAGAUCUAGCCUAUCUCUGCAUCGUUGACAACAAUUAGCCGCAAGUGCUGAUUCCUGCUGGUUGGCUUAGUCCAGGAUCUGGCCUCACAAAUGCGAUGAGCCUAGCUGAAAGCAUCACUGCCAAAACGGCGUGCCAUGGCCCUUCCAAGGUUGCCGGUCAGGUCGAGGUUGGCAUGCAGUGCAGCUUGCCUCUGGCUGACAAGUCUGUCGGGUGCUCGUUGAAAUUAGGGAGCGAGUCUAAGAGCGUGCAGACUGUGGAUCGGUUAUGCUCCACCUCAGCAUCAAGGCCUUCUAUUUCUCCGUCAACUACCAAGUGUGACAACUCAAAGCAAGGGUGCCUCCACCGAUGUCACCUAUGCGACUAUGAGGCUGACGAACUGUUUCAUAUGGAAGCGCAUGCCAGCGUCCAUACUGGCGAGAAGCCAUUUCAGUGCCCUUCAUGCCAUAGAAGCUUCUCAAGCAGAUCCAACUUAAACGUUCACCUCCGCACCCACACAAGCGAUAAACCAUUUCAGUGCCCUUUAUGCCAUAGAAGCUUGUCAAACAGAUACCACUUAAUCGUUCACCUCCGCACCCACACAGGCGAGAAGCCAUAUCAGUGCCCUUCAUGCUCUCGGGGCUUCAAAACGAGACAUGAAUUAAAGUGCCACCUGCGCACCCACACAGGUGAGAAGCCAUAUAAGUGCCAUUCAUGCUCUCAGAGCUUCUCACAACUCGUCCACCUAAAAGUCCACCUGCGUACCCACACAGGUGAAAAGCCAUUUGAGUGCCCUUCAUGCUCUCAGAGCUUCUCACGAAAGGACCACCUCAAAAACCACCUGCGCACCCACACAGGCGAGAAGCCAUUUCAGUGCCCUUCAUGCUCUCGGAGCUUCUCACAACAGGCCCACUUGAAAGGCCACCUGCGCACCCACACAGGCGAGAAGCCAUAUCAAUGCUCUUCAUGCUCUCAGAGCUUCUCACACAAGUCUACCCUGAAACUCCACUUGCACACCCACACGCGUGAGAAGCCAUAUCAGUGCCCUUCAUGCCCUGAGAACUUCUCAUUCAAGGGUCACCUUAAAUUUCACCUGCGUACCCACACAGGCGAGAAGCCAUAUCAGUGCCCUUCAUGCUCUCAGAGCUUCUCACAUAAGUGUAACCUAAACGCCCACCUGCACACCCACACAGGUGAGAAGCCAUAUCAGUGCCCUUCAUGCUCUCGGAGCUUCUCAUACAAAAGUCUUAUGCAAGUCCACCUGCGCACCCACACAGGUGAGAAGCCAUAUCAGUGCCCCUCAUGCUCUCAGAGCUUCUCACAAAAGGGCAACCUUAGGAAACACAUGAGGCGAGAAGCCAUUUUAAUGGCCUUUAUGCCUUCAGAUAUUCUCGUUGAAGAUUGCCCUGAAGAGACACCAGCUCAUUCAUGCAGGUGACUGGCCAUAUAGCUGUAAUGUCUGCUACAUAACCUUUACUCAGUCUCAUCACUUGAGCAGACAUGGAGAAUCACAGCACCAUGAUACUCUAGGGUAGGUCAACUAUGAUGUUGAAUGAGAAUCUGAAUUAUAGAUCUACAAACGUGUAGCUUGUUGCAUAGUGUUCUACUGCAUCAGGUAGCACAAGCGUAUCCAUGUGCCCUUAAGAAGAAGCUUUUGCUCAGGCCCAAUUCUAAUGCUGCCUAUUCAAAUAAUGUGAUAUGCAGGAACGCCUUUCUGAGAUAACCACUGGGCCAGUUAUAACGAAAUUUUUUGCAUUUGGGAGAAAAAGGGAAAUUCUUGUGACUGCUGGAAGAAGAAUGUUGAUUUAAGGCCUGUAUGUUAUAGCAGGAAUUUAUAAAAAUCUGAAAAAAUUGGAACAAGAAGUUUGUAAAUUCAUAGCUCGGCACCUACAUAGAUACCAUAGUUCUGUAAACUGCAUACGGUAUACCAUAAAAAGCGGAGAAUUUUGAUGCAUCGACCCAUACUGCGGUCUAUUCUAUGAUAUUCUACGACUUUUCUGCGGACUAUUUAAACUGCGGACUAUUCUAUGAUCAAAUCCCAAUAAAUUCUGGUGCUGACCUUUAGUAAAGACACGUUCUAGGCAGAUUGAACAGAUUCGGAUGGCAAUCUCAUUAACUCUUAGAAAUGCGCGUCGGCUCUUAACGACUACUUCACAUCAGUUUUCUCCAACACUAAUGACGUUCCCAUUGAACCAAUACUACCACUUUAUGUAAAAUUAGUGUCAGACAUCAAGAUCAACCCUGAUGGCAUAUGUAGCCUCAUCAACUCUUUCGUUACCUCUAGAAAAUGGUCAUUUUUUUAUAGGUUUCGGAAAAAAUUAUUCUCCACUACAAAUAAAAAAUUAAAUU